CACCAAUAGAAAAUUUAGAAUAUAUUCUUCUUCUUUAAGAAUUGCUAACAUAUUUCUGGUCAAUAUUUUAAAUAAACAAAUUCGAUUUUAACCUUGUUAUUUUAAAACAACGUGUUUAGGAAUCAUUUUCAAAAUUUGAAUAAGCAUCUCAUACUUUUUUUUACCUAACUGGCUUGCUAUCACGGCUUUUUAAUAAUCAUUCUCGCUAUCUUCAUUGCAAUUCCUGUUUUGUUUAGGGCUCUGAUGACAGCCGCUGUCAUGUGCAUUGAUUAUGUUAAAUUGUACGAUUUAGGUUUAAAAACCUAAUAGUUUAAGAGACAUUAUGUGCAUUCCUGCUUUUAAACAUUACAGAGCAUUAGGGGAAAAUGUACUGAUUGAAAUAGGGGCGGAAAUAAUUGCUAAAACAUGGAUGUACAGGCGGCUCAAGAAUUUGCGCGACAAAAAAACUGGAAGAAAGCAGUAGAGUCUUAUACGAAAUUCUUGAGGAACAAGCAUAAUUCAAUCGAUCUCGUCAUAUCCUCGCUGUAUGCUCGAUCGGAAUGCCUAUUUGAGUUAAACAAUUACUUGGCAGUUGUAAAUGACUGCAGAAGUAUCAUUCAACUGACUAUAAACCAAAAUGACCACAUAACGUUUUUGGCGCGAAAGAAACUCGUCCAAGCAUUGUUUCUUUUACAAAAAUUUGUAGGAAUGACUUAUUCAGAUGCCGAGGUCGCUGUAAAAGAAUGGCUCUCUUUACUGCCCCAGGACGACACUGAAGAAAACAAAGAAACCCAAUUAAUUUUGCAAGGGUUGCUUCAGACUUUUGAUUUUGGUGUUGGUUCUAAACAAAAAUUUACAAAUUUGAUGAAACUCCUAGAAGCUAGAUUAACAGCAACCAAUAACAACAGCAUUUUUAACACAAAAAACAAGAUGGAAGGAAGGCCCGCAUCGUUGGUUUCAUGCAUCUACUGUAAUGUUUCUUUCGUUGACAAGAUGGACUUGCGGACUCAUUGCCAGACUGAACUGCACGAAAUGAUGAUAAUGUCAGACGAUGGCCAUGAUUGGUACUGGAGACCACCCCCAAGGGGUUUCAAAUCUGAUACUUAUGUGUUGUGUGCUAAUUGGAGAGAAACAAGCAGUUGUAGAUACGGCAUGCAGUGUGUUCAGGCGCACGGAGAAGACGAGUUGAUGGAGUGGAAAGAACGUUUUCGUUAUCGGGAAAUGAAACUGCAACGGGCUAGAGAAAAAGAGCUUUUCGGUAAGUCGUAUACUGAAGAACUGCUCGAGAAGUGGGUGCAGUACCCGAACCCGAACGCACUGAUGUGCGACAAAAUCGAAGACGUCGAAGACUGUUGCUCUUGCCCGUUGUCGGUGACCGUUUCGUCAAAAAACAGCCUCCACCACUGGACGUUCCUGAUGAAAACGCGACGGCCCUUGAAAGCGGUCGCCCUGCUUCAGGACACUCACCGAAACCACUUUUUCAUUUCGACAAUUUUAGUGAAAAACUGCAAGGUCGACUUGAAAAACGACCAGGAAUGGAUAUCGCAGUUGGCGCAUCACGAGUCGUACAUGCCGGUCGAGUAUCGAAUUAAGGUUAUGUUCACUACCGGUAUCUUCGGCACUUUCAGGCAGUCGAUCGUAUUUGAUUUCUCCUUCGAGCCCGUUUUGGUUAAACAUCUUUGCGUGGACGUGGUACCCGAUUCGGAAAUUGACAAAAUAAACGAGAUCAGAAAGGAGAUCACUUUGUCGAUAUCGGAAAGGUGGACCGCGACUAACUCUGAUAUAGUUCACUUUCGAUCGAGUUUGGUCAGUUCCGGUAACGACGAGUGGGAGACCCGGUUGAAGGGGAUGUAUCCGUGUCCGCAAGCGGAAACUUUCGUUUUGUCACACGCGACGUUAGCGGAGAAAAAAUUUACAAGAAAUAAUUACAGGGAACGUAUGCAUCAAUUACUCUUUAUAGAGGAGAUGGCACGGUACGACCUCAUUGCCCAGUAUAAUCUCACGACCAAACUCCAGAUAGCGCACAGCUACAUCCUGUCGCCAAACAGUAUGGCGGCCAGUACCGCGAAAUACUCUACCAACGGCGAACUGUUCGCCUCGAUCGACUUGGGGAAAGAACUAUCCGAAGAUACCUCAGAGGGCCGGCUCAUCCUCAUGCACUGUAACACGGUCUACCUCUGUCCCACGCAACUAGACGCCAGUCAGAGAAUUAAAAUAUACGAGGCCUUAAUCGAAGACAAGGGAAAGAACACGAUCUAUUUGAGGUUGUCGAGCGACACAGUGCAAGGACUGCAACUCACUCCGGAUUCUGACUUGGAGGUGCAGAUCCAGUUUCAGCUCAAUCGCAUACCGUACUGCGAGUGGCACUACACGCUGGACAAAAUGGUCAACUUCAAAACGAUUUUUCCCGACACGUAUCUCGAGCCCGUCAUCCCGUGGUCCCCUUCGAGACAAUGGUCACGUACGUUAGACUCCCGGCUAAACAUCAAACAAAAAGAGGCGGUCAACGCGAUCACGACACCACUGUGUGUACAGUUGCCGCCCAUUUUGGUGAUCGGGCCGUUCGGUACCGGCAAAACGUUCACGCUGGCGCAGGCGAUCAGAAAUCUCAUCAAAGACUCAUCGAAUCGGAUUCUGUUGUGCACCCACUCGAACAGCGCAGCCGAUUUGUACAUUAAGGACUACUUGGAUAAGUGGGUCGACGAAGGGGAGGAGCACGCGAAACCGUUGAGGAUUUAUUAUCAGAAACGCUGGGUCGCAACCGUCAAUCCGGUAGUUCAAAAGUACUGCCUAAUAUCGAUGAGCAACGGCACUCGAAAAUUCAACAUCCCCACCAUCGAGGACCUAAUCAAACACCGUAUCGUCGUCGUGACGCUAUCGACGUCGGUCUAUCUAUCGGUGAUGGGUCUUCCCCAAGGUUUCUUCACUCACAUCCUGCUCGACGAGGCAGCCCAGGCGAUCGAGUGCGAAACCGUCACGCCCCUAGCGCUGGCCAGCGAGAACACGCGACUAGUGCUAGCGGGCGACCACAUGCAACUCGGCCCGGACAUAUUCUCCCCGUUCGCCAAAGAACGCGACCUUCACAUCUCGCUGCUCGAACGCCUAUACGAUCAUUACCCGCAACAGUUUUCCUGCAAGAUACUGCUGUGCGAAAACUAUCGCGCUCACGAGAGCAUCAUCCAGUUCACGUCCGAGUCUUUCUACGAUCAGAAACUAGUGUCGAGUAGCAAACAACCGAAACACUUUCGAUUCUAUCCGCUGACGUUUUUCACCACCAGGGGCGAGGACGUGCAAGACAAAAACUCGACCGCGUUCUACAACAAUUCGGAAGUGUACGAAGUGGUGGAGAGGGUGGCGGAGUUGAAACGCACUUGGCCCGACGAAUGGGGCAAAUACACCGACCAAUCGAUAGGCGUGGUCACCCCAUACGCGGAUCAAGUGUUCCGCAUCAGAUCGGAGUUGAGGAAACGUCGCAUUGAGAACGUAUGCGUCGAACGGGUCCUGAACGUCCAAGGCAAACAGUUCCGGGCUAUUAUCUUGUCGACGGUACGCACGAGGAAAACGUGCAGCAACGACUCGUCCGCCGACGUCAUCGAUUACGGUUUUCUGUCUAAUUCGAAACUGCUGAACACCGCGAUCACCAGGGCGCAGAGUUUGGUAGCGGUCGUGGGCGAUCCCAUAGCGCUCUGUUCCUUGGGCAGGUGCAGCAAGGUGUGGGAACGGUUCAUUCAGAUCUGCAAAGAUAACGAGAGCCUGUUCGGUAUCACGUGGACGCAGCUCAAGCUCCAGCUCGACGGUAUCGAGCUGAAAAAGAUCUAUACGCUGAAUCCGCUAGCCCCCGAAUUCGUCCCCAGGAAGUACAAAGAGAACGUGGUCCAAGCGAUGAUACCGCCCGCGCCUGCGCCGGUUAUGACGCACCCGGUAGUACCGCCUCCGGGCGUGUCGCCGUUCGGUAUACAGGACUGCAGGUUCCUCGCGCCUUUGAUAUACCCGCCUCAGCCUCGUCCGUUCGUGUUUAAUCUGGGACCGGGCGUGGCCGGAUUGGUAUCACAUCCGAUCGCGAACGGCUUCUCGCAGCCCAUCAGGGUGGUGAACCCCCCUCAGCCGCCUCCGCCUCCGCCUAUGAUCGUAGCGUCGCGCAUCUCGAACCUGCAACCGAUCCAGAUCGCUAAAACCGUACAACAGCACGUCGCGAUAGGCGGAAAACCCAACGGGACGUCCCAUAACAAACUGAUCCAGUUCAUGAACAACGUUCAUUUUCCGGAAGCGUCGGUACUGAACGACUGCGUGAACCUGCUGCCUCAGAACAUGUCCCUCGCUGACAUGCUGUUGCAACCUCCCAGUCUACAGGAGAGAUGGUACAAUUAUCUGAAAGAAGGUACGGGGGAGGAGGCGGCCGAGAAGUUUAGGUAUCUGCUUCACACGACUAAUCAGAAAGGUUCCAAGGUGCAAGACAGGUUGAUAUUCGAUUGCGCCACGCCCCAGUCCUGCGACUCGCCUACUUUUAACUGGUACGACAGUCCGACGAACCAAAUCAACAUCAACAAACCGGUUUAUAUACAAAACGAGACGUCGAACGGACACAAUAAAGCGGAACGAUUUUCCGUCGCAACAGAAAACGGGAACGCGAGUUCGGUCCCGGAGACGAACGGGGAAGAUCACCUGCAGCAGCAGAUAAACGAGGUGUUCGCGAACUUGAGUAUCGGCAGCAACAGCGACAUGAACGACGUGUACAAGGCGUUCGCCGACAAGGACGGGCCCGACGGCGGAGCGAUUCGGUCGCCCUCUGUCGGAGUGCCGCGGUUUUAUAAGUAUUUUCAGUAGUGUCGGAAGGUUGGCGGAGGCGCCGGGUUUUUCUUUCUCGUCUGACUUGUCGGUGGAAAGCGAUACUGUCGACGUAUGACAUGGGUCGCAGUUAAAAACGUCCCGAACGAUUUCUUGUGAUGAUUAGUUUGACCGCGAAAUAAUAACCUAAUUACCCCUCAUGAUUUACUACAUUAGUGUGACGUCGGCUGUUGAAGUUUAGAAUCCAACCGCUCUAUAUACGCUUGUUUCAAUGUUUAUAUGAUAUUUGCUUAUUGGAGACUCUAUUGUAUAUUGAAAACGCGUACUUUAAUAAAAAUCAAAAUAUAACCUACAAGGCCCAAUAAGUUGUCAGCAAAAUUAAUUAUCAAAACUGGUUACAGUCCAACUUUGGUAACUCGAAGCGAGGUUUGUCGCAAAAUGAAUUGGACUUAUGUAUGGAUGUAUAAAUGUUUAAAUGUUAAUGUAUUCUCGUGUUUUUUCUAGUUUUAUCCUCAUAAAAAAAAUUGCGUUCAGUACUGUGUAAACAUCUUGCCCAUAUGUUCGAAUACGAACGUAUUUUGUUUAACACUUCUUCGACCGACCUCUUCAACCUCUGGUUCUAAUUUUUUUUCUUUAUCGCUUUCGUCAAUCACCACUUGUAGCAGAACAUCCACGAACACAAUUAAAUUAAGAAGAAUUGCCAGGUUCAAUUCAAGGUUCCACUUCUCAAAGAACAAAAUGAGGCUUAUCGUAGUUAACGAUGGAAAAAACGACAAAAAAUUAGGUUAUGAUCUCGUGUUCUGAAUAAAUUAAUGGUACAGAGAGAGUUUUCGUCUGGUUCGGAACGUUUCGAAUGACUGUCAAAUGUCAAAAGUGUCGCAUCUCGAUUUAUUCCACCUUUGGGUCGCUGGCGGGGAAAUUAACCAUAAUAGUUCUUUUUUUGGAGAGUAUUAUUUGAUUUUUGAAGGAUCUCAUUUUCGUCAGUCCGAUAUUCCUAUUAUUUUUUAAAUGGCGGAUGCUGAGCCGUCCAGUUUCGCAACCGUUAAUGAUUCUAUUAAAGUUCGAUAUAGUUUAGAGAUUUAUAUCCGCAUUUUAGACGGAAAUUAUAGGUUAGGUUAGCGACGCGUAGAGAAAGUUUACAAACUUAUAUUUAUGUGUGUGUAUAGUUUACGGUGUAUAUUGCAGAGUUUUUUGUAAAUAGUCAUGUACAUCUUAACGUUGUCUAGUGGAUAGAGAGUAUAUACUAGAUUUUUUUUUACUGUGUUUAUAUAUCUUUAUAUAACUAUGCGUGUACUUAUUACUAUUAUUUAAAAAUAUA